AUGUCUGUUUCACCUCGCACAUCGACAAUCCGACUUUUGCGACACCUUCUCCGCCAGCAAUUCUCCCCCAUCCUUCCGAAACCCGUCCGCCCUGCAUUUCAACUUCUCUCUCACAACACACGACCGACCACCGCGUUCUUACACCAGAAAUUCCAAAUCGCACACUUCUCCACCACCCCUCGUCCGCAAGCCACCUAUAACCAGGUCCGACGUGGAUGUCGUAAGAAGCAAAAAGCGCGGAAACCGCGCUCACCGGCGCUCGUCAAUCGGCCCCAGAUGAAAGGCGUGUGUCUCAAGACCGGUAUUACCAAGCCAAAGAAACCCAAUUCCGGAGAGCGAAAGAUUGCCAGGGUGCGGCUGAGCAGUGGAAGAGUUAUUACGGCAUAUAUUCCCGGCCAAGGUCAUAACAUCCAGCAACAUAGUGUGGUCUUGGUUCGCGGCGGGAGAGUUCAAGAUUGCCCUGGUGUGAAGUAUCAUCUCGUUCGUGGCGCCCUGGAUCUUCAUGGUGUUACUGGGCGAUUGACCAGCCGAUCCAAAUACGGAACGAAGAAACCAAUCUCAUCCAAGAAAUCAGAAUCAAAAUAA